UGGUAGCCGGUACACAAGUUGUGUACACAUCAAAUUAAACCAUUGAAGAUUUAACGAUUUAUUCCGUGUGUGUGUUUUUAUAUUGUAUUUAAAAGCUGUGUGCUGCUUGAAUGGCAAAUAGUUAUGAUAUACCCAGUUGGGCUGGCAAACCGCCGACUGGCCUUCACCUCGACGUGCUCAAGGAUGACAAACUGGUGCAGAAACUGAUGGUGGACGAGAAGCGUUGCUAUCUCUUUGGACGCAACAGUCAAAUGAAUGAUUUCUGCAUUGAUCACGCCUCCUGUUCCCGCGUCCACUCGGCCUUUGUCUACCAUAAGCAUCUCAAUAUCGCCUACCUCGUCGAUCUCGGCUCCACUCAUGGGACAUUUAUUGGCACUCUGCGUCUGGAGGCGCAUAAGCCCACCCAGCUACAGAUCAAUAGCACCUUUCACUUUGGUGCCUCCACACGAAACUAUAUACUGCGCGAGCGACCCUCGGCGGGUGGUCAGCACAGCAACAUCAUGGAGGAUCUGCCGCUGAGUGAAACCAGCGAUGGCGCCUUGCUGGGACUGCCAGAGAGUCAAACCGAACUUGAUAAUUUGACCGAGUACAAUACGGCGCAUAAUCGUCGCAUCUCCAUGCUGGGCAUUGCCGAUGACAACAAUUUGCGCAAGCAAAAUGCCUUGAAACAGGGACGCAAGCGACGCAAUGUGACAUUCAAUGAUGAGGAGAUCAUUAUCAAUCCCGAGGAUGUUGAUCCCAAUGUGGGACGGUUUCGCAAUCUGGUGCAGACCACUGUGGUGCCGGCCAAGCGUUCACGCUACGAACCCAAUCACAUGGGUCUUCACACUGGAGGCAAUGUAAUUAAUGCAAAUGCUGUCAGCGCUUUGGCCGCCAGUCAUCAGAUGUUCCAGCAGAGCAUUGUGGAGAUGAAACAACAACAGCAGCAACAGCAACAACAGCAGCAGCAUCAUCAAUUGCCAUCAUCAACAAGUCAGAGCACUGCUCAUUCCCCAGUGAAUUCAUUGUAUCAGGGAUUGCCUGCAAGUGCAUAUGAUGCUGUCCAGCACAAGAGCAGUAGCAGCAGUGAAUUUGAGCCCAUCUCCCCGAUGGGAAUUGGCUCCAAAUUAGGCAUUAUGCUGCCCAAUCCUGCGCCAGAUGUGACGCCCAUCUUUGAGGAGCUCACAAGCUCGACAAUAGCCCAAAAGUUGGCCAUGGCAAAUGCAAACGUGCGUCGCUUUGUGGAUGAGCUUCACGAGACGAGUGGCGAGGGCGACUCAUUGUGUCCGCAGAAGAAGAAAUACGCGAAGGAAGCGUGGCCCGGACGUAAGCCCAUGCUGGGCCAGUUGUAAGGAACAACAGGACACGGAAUCCUUAAGCUUAAUCUUCG